AUGAUUGCAGCUACGACUACAAAACCGUUGACCGGUUGUAAGACUGUCGCUAGGGAAAACCCAGUCAUUAAGCCGGAGAACGUCAAACGCGGUGGCGAGUUGAUGGUGGUUGACAUGCUUUUUCUUAAAACACGUCUUCGUAUUCAAACAGAUUCCAGCGGACAAAGGAUAACCUUUAGUGGACAAAUCCUUAACUAUCAGAACACAGCGGCACAAGAGGUGGAACUCCUUGGAGAUGAGAAUACUGCAGCUGAUUUACGAUAUUUGAACCCCGAAGAAUUCAAGAACGAAUAUUUGGGGCUCAAGACUGAUAUAGAAAGAGGUGAUGAUGAAAGAUCCUACCAAGAGUUUGCUUAUAAGGACGUUGACGUCGAAGCUUUACCUAAAUCUGUUGACCGGAGAAAGAAAGGAACCAAGGCUCUUGUGAAAGUUAUCGCGUUUUCGAUAGUUGCUGCAGUGGGAGGUAUAAACAAGAUUGUGACAGGAAACUUGACAAUAUUGUCUGAACAAGAACUCAUAGACAGUGGGUUUGUGACACAACUUACAACAAUGGCUGCAACGGUGGUCUCAUGGAUUACGCUUUUGAGUACAUUUUCAAGAACGGAGGAUGAAUCUGAAAUGGUGACAAUCAGUGGGAACCAAGAUGUACCGAAAAAUGAUGAGAAAAGUCUCUUGAAGGCAUUGGUGUAA